AUGAGCUCAGCCCAGGGCCCCAGUGCUGAGGAGGGGAUGCUUGUCACCUUGUGCUACGAGGCGAAUGGCUCCUGCUACAGGACCCUACACUCCUUUGGGGUCCAGCUGGCCAUUUAUCUGGCCUGUGCCUUGGGCACGCUGAUCAUGGUGCUGGGGAACCUGCUUGUCUUCGUUGUUGUUUCCCAUUUCAAAGCCCUGCACGCCCCCACCAACCACCCGCUCCUCUCCCUCGCCCUUGCCGACCUCCUCCUGGGGCUGACUGUGCUGCCCUUCGGCACCAUCCGGUCCGUAGAGAGCUGCUGGUAUUUCGUAGAUGACUUCUGUAGGCUGCACACCUUUCUGGACACACUUUUUUGCUUGACCUCCAUAUUUCAUCUGUGUUUUACUUCCAUUGAUCGGCACUGUGCCAUCUGUGACCCUUUGCCCUGCCCCACCAAGUUCACCAUAAGAGUGGCCUGCAUUUACACUGGGGUGGGGUGGGCAGUGCCUGUGGUUUAUACCUCUGUCUUCCUCUACAUUAAAGCGAUUGCAGAAGGACUGGGCCAUUUUUUGCGAGGCAUGCCCUGUGUUGGUAGUUGUCAGCUGCUGUUCAACAAGCUCUGGGGGUGGUUGAACUUUCCAGUAUUCUUUCCUUACCUUGUAAUGGAAGUUCGGUAUGUAAAAAUAUUUACUGUGGCUAACAAGCAAGCCAGGCUGAUAAACAACAUGAGCAGGAGUAUCGGGUCUCAGCUACACAUCAGAGCAUCCAAGAGUGAACGGAAAGCAGCAAAGACUCUUGGGGUAGCUGUAGGAGUCUACCUUCUCUGCUGGUGGCCCUUUGCUAUUGACACCAUGGUAGACAGUCUUCUGGCCUUCAUUACCCCCCCAGUUCUGUUUGACGUCCUAAUUUGGUUUGCUUACUUCAAUUCUGCCUGCAACCCCUUGAUCUAUGUAUUUUCUUACCCUUGGUUCAGGAAAGCUGUGAAACUAGUCUUAGCUCAUGGGAUCUUUUGUUCCAGGACAUCUACAGUAGACUUGUACCAGGAAUGA